AUGAGAAAUAAAGAGAGAGUAGUAUAAUAAAUUAAUAACUGCUUGAUGUACAUUGAUCCAGCUGACACUAAGGCAUGGGCGGAGGAAUUGAAAGAUUAUCAAGGGAACAGGAAACAAAAGGUGGAUUUUUAGAAACCCAAGAUCUAUACACAAAAGGAGAUGAAAUUGAAACAGACAGAAUUCAAUCCUGUUUUGCAGACUUUUCAAAAUCCAGAAAGGGAUGUUAAGGAGAAGGAGAAAGAUUUUCAGAAAACAUCCACAUUGGCAUAAAAGAAAAUGGAAAUGGUUAAGAAAUACUUGCACGAAUAUGAUUUAGUUAAUUUGGAGCAAGUUUAAGGAAUAGAGAGACCAGACGAGAGAGAGAAGACCAAAUAAUGUUUAUUACCACCCAAUUUUAAUGAUUAUAAUAUAAUUACAAAUGAGAAGAAGAGUGAAGAAUAUUACAAAAACAUGAAGGUAGUAGUUCAGAAAAGAGUUCAUGAGAAGCCUGUGAUUAAUAGGAACAAGAGAGAUUUUAAUAUUAUUACAAACAAGUUUCUGGAAAAUCACGAAUCAAAAGCUUAAGAAUAGGAGACCGCAGUCAUGUCUGAUAUCAAUGAUAAAUGUAAAAGAGUUAGGAACUAUGAUAUUGUUGCAGGAACUUUUUAUAAUGAUGAAAAGGAAUAAGAAUUUUAAUAGAAAUUAAAAUAGGACUAAUUCAAUCAUGGCAAACACUUCAACGAUAGAUUUCCACCCUCUUGGAAGUUUAGAGAAUCUGUUUAUUUAGAUUAAACGAAGGAGAUCCCAGAGGAAAUCAAAAUGAUUGAUGAGAUCAAUAGAAAUCACAAGAAACGUUAUGAAAUAAGGCAUGUCUUGGAAAACGAAUACAGAGAAAGGGAUCUCUAGGAUCAACUCAGAACUCAAGACAGAUUGAUAAAGAGACAUAAAUAUGAUGAUUUGAUCAAGAAAUAUGAUAAAGAAUUCGAUAUCAUUACUUUGGAGAAACCAGAAAUUGAUCACAUUGUUAAGGCAUUGCCUCCUAAACCUCCUCUGAAUUCUUGGGAUAAGGUGCAGAUGACAAAGUCAGGCUCUGAUGCUCCUAUUCAUGAGGUGAGCAUACCUGAAGGGGUUGACUUUAAGGAGAAUGGUUAAAAUCGGAAUGAUUCUUAAGGGAAAGUGAGGUUUCCAUAAGUAUAUAGACAAGGAAGUGAGAAAUCAUAAAAGUCUGUCUCUAAAUCUAAUAAAUCUGGACCUAAAUCAAUAGCUCAAUCACAGAAAUCGAAUCCUGGGGGAACUGAAAUAAAGUCUGGGGGAUUUUUUUGA